UUCAUACACACCCACUUUAAUAUUUACACCCACUUCUCCAAGAACAAAUUGUAGCUAUAGCUAUGGUUUUGUUUGUUUUUUUCUCUCUUUUUUCUCCCCAUUCAUAGAUUUCAAACUUUCACUGCUGCAAUUAGAUCUCACUUCCUCAGUUUCUCACUAACACGCAAAGAAAACAAGAACCAAAACGGAAAUUGGAAGAUCUGGGUGAGCAAUGUCACGCCGAUCUGGGGCUUGUCUGCGCUGUUGUCUCGUGUUCUUCGCUGUAGUUUCUGCUUUGGCUGUUUGUGGACCGGCUUUGUUUUGGCGAUUCAAGAAGGCUUUGCAUUCGGGCGAUUCCAAAACCUCCUGCGCUCCUUGCAUCUGCGAUUGUCCGCCCCCAUUAUCCCUUUUGAAGAUCGCCCCCGGUCUGGCCAAUCUCUCUGUAUCAGACUGUGGAGGAAAUGACCCAGAUCUCAAGCGGGAGAUGGAAAAACAAUUUGUGGACCUUCUGACAGAGGAAUUGAAGCUUCAAGAAGCAGUUGCUGGCGAACAUACUCGCCAUAUGAACAUCACUGUAUUUGAGGCAAAAAGGGCAGCUUCUCAGUAUCAGAGGGAGGCUGAAAAGUGCAUUUCUGCAACCGAAACUUGUGAAGAGGCUCGAGAACGCGCCGAGGCAUUGACGAUCAAGGAGAGGAAGCUUACAUCAUUAUGGGAGCGACGAGCCCGCCAAAUGGGUUGGGAUGGGUAAUAUCUCUAUCAUUUCAAAGACCCGUCUCUUAGUUCAACUAGUCGUCAAGUCCUUCAACCCCACGAGAUCAAUCGAAACUGACAAGCGAAGUGCUUGGUUCAUCAAUUUCUCAAGGCAUAAUGUUCUCUCGUCCCUCCAUAAUUUGUGUUGCAUUGUUCCUGAAAACAUGUCAAUUCUACAUCAUAAUUCAUACAUGACAAUGUUAUAGAUCCCACUCUUCUGCAUAUGCUAUAUACACACAUAAUUGUGACCA